AUGGAAGACUGGAUUAUUACCGUGAAAUUAUUCUGUGAAUUCUCUCCUGGUUUGGCCUUUGUGGAAGAAACUCCUUACGAAGGAGCAAGAUUUGAUUUUGGCAGAGCCGUGAGUAGUGUGGAAGACAGUCAAACGGACAUUGAUAAAUAUUUGUUCAUCUAA